AUGCAAGACCUGUGUGAUACAUCGUCGCAAGCUCCAGUCGCAGCUGAUGGGCGAUCUCCCAAUUGCUUGGUCGACUUUCUCGCGACCGUUACUAAAACCGGAGUAGACUUCACCGGUUUCUUCGACGUCAAGAGCUACGUCGGACGGGGCUGCAAUAUUACGAAAGGUUAUGUAUGUGUGUUUGUGUGCUUCAGCACCAAGGCAAUACAUCUUGAGGCGACCACGGAUCUGACAGCGGAGAAGUUCUUGGAAGCUUUUACCGGUUCGUGGCACGGCGUGGGUGCCCUCUUCACAUGUACUCUGACAACGGGAAAACGUUCGUCGGAGCCUCCUUCCUCAAUUUUGUCCAAAGAUCUUGCGGAGGGCACCCGCAAUCUGAUCCUCACCAACACAGCCAUCAAGGUCUUGCAUAGCAUUUCAACCCACCUGGUGCCCCUCACAUGGGGGGUCUCUGGAAAGCAGGCGUCUAGAGUUUCAAGACGAAUUUCUACAAAAUGGUUUCCUCCGUUAAGUAACGAGGAACUCUCAACCCUCCUGGCGAAGACGGCAGAGUGCCUCAAUUGGCGGCCUCUGUCUCCCAUGUCAGAGGAUGUAAGCGACUUGGUGGCCCUCAGUCUCGGUCAUUUCCUGAUCGGGGGUCCGCUAGUCUCCAUGGCGGAGCCAGAAUCCAGGGAGGAUGUGGAGUCCAUCCGCAAUCGCUGGCAACGGCUCAAGGCUCUCCAUCAGCAUUUCUGUGUGCGAUGGAAGAAUGAGUAUUUGAAGGAGUUGCAUAAGCGGAAUAAGUGGCAGUCACCCUCACGCGACCUCCAAAUCGGUGACAUGGUGAUCAUCAGAGAGGAGAAUAUCCACCACAAGAAUGGCGCCUUGGUCGUGUGCUGA